UAGUGGGUCUUGGAGAACGUACCCGCCGUGCCACCAGAGAGCAAGCAGCCGCCGCCUGCCCCGUGCGCUGCGGACCCGUGCGCUGCUCCUCCGCCUGGCCCUCCCUCCCCGCGGUCGGCAGUUGCUAGGCGCUCCAUACCUGCACGGCGGCGCGGUCAUGCCUCCGCUCUAGUUCCCUCCUCUCUGUUUUCCCCGCUUCUGGUUGGGGGGCAGGGGAUGUCAAAUCUCGAUUCCACCGCCGCGCCGGCGGGGAGGGGGACGGCGGAGCGGGAUUUCACCCCCGCAUCUGUUCCAGCUUUGAAUGGAACACCGAAAUGCAUGAAUAGGAGGAAAAGGAGGAAUAAGAUGCGGGAGAAACAGGACUCCCCACCUGGUUUGGACUCCACGGUGGCAGCAGAGGCAGAGGAACAGGGAGAGGCAAAGGGAAGGAGGAUGGAGGAGAGGGAGGCCCCUGAUGCUGCUGCUUCUGCUUUGAAUGGGACACCAAAAUGCAAGAACAAGAGCAAGAAAAAGAAGAAUAAGAUGCAGGAGCAACAGGAAUCCCCACCUGAUUUGGAUUCCUCGGCGGCAGCAGAGGCAGAGGAACAGAGAGAAGCAAAGGGAAGGGGGAUGGAGGGCCGGGAGGACAGUGAUGCUGCUGCUUCUGCUUUGAAUGGGACACCGAAAUGCAAGAAGAGGAUGAAAAGGAAUAAUAAGAUGCAGGACAAACAGGUAUUCCCACCUCAUUUGGAUUCCACAGUGGCAGCAGAGGCAGAGGAACAGGGAGGGCCAAAGGGAAGGGGGAUGGAGGAGAUAGAGGCCACCACUGUCGCUGCUUCUGCGCUGGGGGGGACACCAAAAUGUGAUCAGGAAGAGGCCAAGGUGAAGGACAGUGUGAUGCUCAAGGAGGAAGCCAACAACACUGUUGUUUCAGCUUCAGAGGGUACACCAAAACGCAGGAGGAGGAGAAAAAGGAACAAGAUGCAGGAGCUACUAGAGUCCCGACACCCACAGGCAUCAUUGGGUAUUGUUGGAGUGGAUAAAAUUAUGUCCAAUAAUGAAAAUGGCCGCGCAGAUGGGGUAGAGGCAUCAGGACAUGCUGAUGUUAAUAUGGAUCUUAUAAAUGGGGAGGAUCCAAGUUGUGCUCAGUCAAAUGCAAAUGAUGUUGAUGUUUUGGUAGAGAAUUGCUCCAAUAACUUGCAGGAGAACUCUGCAGGAGGAAAGAGACAGAAGAGAAAAAGAAAGUGGGGUUCAUCCAGCAGAUGGCCAGGUUUAUCUUCUGAGAAUGAUGGAAUGGUUGCUAAGGACAGCUUGGAUUCUUCAGCACAUCAUGAUGUUAGCUGCGUAUAUGCUUCAUGUUCAGUUGAGCCACACAAAGAUAAUAUCAAGAAUAUUUACUCUCCAAGAGGAUCGCUGGUGAGGUUUCACAGGAAAAAACUUCUGAUAUUGGAUCUUAAUGGUUUGCUUGCGGAUAUAAAUCAAGAUUACCGCAAUGCGCACAAGGCAGAUGCAAAGGUUAAGGACAAGUUAGUUUUUACAAGACCAUACUAUGAUGAUUUUCUGAGAUUUUGCUUCCAGAAUUUUGAGCUAGGAAUAUGGUCUUCAAGGAAAAGGGAAAAUGUCAAUAGGGUUAUUAAUAUCCUUAUGAGGAAGCUCAAGCACCACCUACUAUUUUGUUGGGACAUGUCUUACUGCACUGUUACGGGGUGCAACGUAAUUGGUACGAAGGGCAAACCGUUAGUGCUGAAGGAACUAAAGAAGUUGUGGAAUAAUGAGGACCCUGAUCUCCCAUGGGAGCAGGGAGAGUUUUCACCUUCAAAUACAUUACUAGUGGAUGAUUCACCCUACAAGGCUUUGUGCAACCCGCCAAACACUGGCAUUUUCCCCCAUCCCUACAGUUACCGUAACCAGAGUGAUGAUUCCUUGGGACCUGGUGGAGACCUUCGGAUGUAUCUGGAGAGAGUUGCGGCUGCAGAUAAUGUUCAAAGUUUUGUCCGGGAUAACCCAUUUGGUCAGAACUCCAUCACGGAUAGUGAUCCAAACUGGAAUUUCUAUGUGCAGAUAGUUGAUAAAGUCGAGCAAGCAAAUAGAAUAGUUGAUAAAGUCGAGAAAGCAAAUACGGAGUAGUUGAUAAAUUGGAGAGGUCCUUAGCUUUACAGGCAUGAAUGAAGGGUCCUUAGCUUUACAGGCAUGAAUGAAGGGUUCAAUCGACUUAAAGUUUUGUGUUUGCUUGCGUUGCUUGGUAGAAGUUUUCCGUUGGGCCAAUGCAACCAUGUGUAGUAUUAGUUUAGAAAUAUGCUGUUUUGUUAGACAACACGAUUCAAAAUUUUUUUAUUAGUUCCUAUUCCACCACUUCCUGCUCGUAUCGAACUAAAGAAGUUGCAAGGGUGGUUCUACUGUACUUUAAAUAUACCUGAGGACUGAGUGGUGAAUCAUAGAUUCACAUGUAUCGAAAGAAUUACAGGGUUUCUGUAAGCAUGUAACUUAGUUACCAUUGAAAGUUUUGAUGAUUAUGGGACAAGGAUGUUUCAAUUACGGAGCUGUAAUAUUUUUGUGAAUUGUUGUAAUUCAUCUCAAUUCCAUGGUGUUGUGCCAA